AUGAUUAGAACUGGAACAAGAAGAAUUAGUCAUAGUAGGGUGUUGUUGAAUGCAUCUGCUAAGUUGAUAGAGGGCGAGCAUUUUAAAGUUCCAUCGCCUAAGAAACUUAAAUCAUUCUUAGAUGAGUAUAUUGUGGGACAAACAGAUGGGAAGAAGGUUUGCAGUGUUGCGGUCUACAACCAUUAUUUGAGAGUGAAUGAUAAGCAGAAGAAGAUCGAGGCUCGUAUGCAGAAGGAGUUGCUUGAGCAGCAGAAGCGAGAAAGUGCUGGUAAAUUCGAAUCUAGUGAGGCAGAGCAAGGCUAUCGAAACUUACAACGUCAGUUGGCUUUACGAUUACAACUAGAGGAAAAGGACGAGGAUUUAGAGCUUUCAAAGAGCAAUUUGAUGGUUGUUGGGCCUAGUGGGUCCGGUAAAACGUUAUUGGCUACCACUUUGGCUCGGAUGCUGGACGUUCCAAUUGCUAUUACUGAUUGUACACAAUUGACACAGGCUGGGUAUAUUGGAGAAGAUGUGGAGGUGUGUAUUGAACGUUUGCUUGUAAAUGCAGACUACGAUGUUUCUAAAGCUGAGAAGGGUAUAAUUGUUCUAGAUGAAGUGGACAAGCUAGCCAAACCAGCUGCCAGUGUGGGGACAAAAGAUGUAUCUGGUGAGGGUGUUCAACAAUCCUUGUUGAAGAUAUUGGAAGGUCAUCGUGUGGAAUUGACUUUGAAAAGACCUAUUAGUAAGAAAAAAGAUGAUAAGAACAACCAAAGUGUGGCUAAGAAGGAGGAAACAUUCGUUGUGGACACAUCUAAUAUCCUAUUCAUGCUUAUGGGUGCAUUUGUUGGACUAGAUAAACAUAUCGUGAAACGUAUCAACAGAAGUAAGUCUGAAGAUCAUGAAGGUUCAGAGUCAGACAAAGAAACUGACUCUCAAAAACUACGGUUCUCCAACACGAUCGAACAUAUCGAUGUCGGCGGAGGUAAAACGGUAUCUGCUUUGAAUUUCGUAACCCCUGCAGACUUAGUUAGUUAUGGGUUGAUCCCAGAACUAAUUGGUAGGGUGCCAAUCGUUACUGCAUUGGAACCUCUAAAACAGAAGGACUUGUAUCACAUUUUAAAAGAACCACGAAACGCUCUUUUGCAUCAGUACGAGUAUAUCUUCAAGCAAUUCGGAGUCACUCUGGGUGUGACUGAAAAGGCUUUGAAAAAAGUGGCCGAAUUUGCUUUGAAAGAGGGUACUGGCGCUAGAGGGUUGAGAGGAAUUAUGGAAAGGUUACUUUUGAACGUCAAUUACGAGUGUCCAGAUUCUGGGGUAUCGUACGUUCUUGUAAAUGAGGAUACAGUUAUAUCACUCAAUCGUUCUGAAGAGCACUCGUUGAGUACUAAAGUGAAGGCAAAAUACUAUUCAAGGGGGGAACAGGAUCAAUUUAUGAUGGAUAUAUAUGAAGAAGAUGAGAAACUCGGCAAAGAGUUUGACAAACGUUUUGGCAGAGUUGGGACACUUGAGAAACAAGGGAAGUCAUAG